AUGUCUCAAGAUUAUGAUUCUGAUCCAGGUGAAAGAUUUUUACAAGAUGAAUUAAUUGAUUUAAUUACAAAUGGACCUAAAAAUUCAAAUAAUAAUAACAACCAUAAUAAUCAAAUUUACAACCAAUAUCCAUUACGUCAAGUUAAAUUAAUAUUAGAUCAAACAGCAUUUGUAAGAGGUAUUGGAAAUAUCAAAAGAUGGUUUAAUGAAGAAUAUAUUAAUCAAAAUUUUAAUAGAAAUUCAGAUCCUAUUUUAUUAAAUUUGUAUAUACCAUCUUAUACUUUACAUGAAUUUGAAUUUGUUAAAAAGGGAACUUCAAUAAGUGCAACAAAUGCAAGAGAAGCUAUAAAAUUUAUUGAUCAACAUCUUGAAAACUAUAACUAUCAAGAUCAGAACAACUUGAAUAAUGAGAAUCAACCAAAUGAUCAAAUUAAGUAUAAUGUAAAUUUAGAAACUCCAAAUGAUAAUACACCAUCAUGGAAUCAAUGUCUUAAAUACAAAGUAUAUUCACCAAAAAUUAAAGAUUUCCCAAAUUACAAGACAAGAUUUGAAUCAAGUUUAUUGCCAUCACAACAACCAAUAACAACCGAAACAAACAAUCAAAAAUUUAGAACAAGAUCAGAAAGGAAAAAUUCAAUUCACGAUAAUAAAUUUCAAAUUCAUUAUGAAAAUUCUCCUUCGUAUCAAAAUGCUUUACAACAUUCAAAUUCAUUUGCUGAAAUGCCUCCAAGAUUAAAGUAUUUAAUUAGAACAUGUAUAUAUAAAAGAUUUUUAGAAAAAUCACCACCUUCUUCAUCUAAUUCUUCACAACAAAAGAGAAAUAGUAUAGAAGAAUGGAAAUUAGUAACUGAAGAUUCAAUAACUAAAAUUUGGGCUCAAUCAUUUGGAAUAGAUUGUGUAAAUGUUAACGAAGCAGAAUUAUUAAUAUUUCAAAAUUACGACGUUAAUUCAUUUAAGAUAUAUAAUCCAUUCUCAUUAAACGAUGAUGAAAUUGAAAUCAACAAUAUUUUACAAAGUAAAAUAGAUACAACAACAUUAUAUCAAUAUGAAACAAUAGAUCAAGAACCCCCCAAAUUAAAUUUUAAAUAUAACAAAAGAGGUAAUAGAAGAAAUUCAGGAAAUCCUAAAACUUAUAUAGCUAAUGAAGGUGCUGUUCAUGAAGAAAUUGAUAAUAAUUCUGUCAAUGGAUAUAUUAAAAAGGAGAAGUUUCAAGCUAUUAAUUAUGCACCAAGAGGUAAUGGCCAAUUGUGGAGACCAUAG